AUGUCGACGAUGGCAGUUCAAGUCAUCACCUUCGUCAUCCUCCUGCUGGCGAUGACGUGUGAGGAGGUACGAGGUCAAAAUUUGAACAUCAACUUACAGUCAUUGAUGCGAGACCUCAACAAUCCCGAUUUGGUGGAGUUCCAGGUGGCGUGUGUAGCCAAUCAGGGACCUUGUGACGAGAGAGGACGUCAGCUGAGCCUGUAUAUCCCCGUCUUGUUUGAAGGAGGCAGGUGUUUCAGGUGCAGCCGUGAGGAGAACAGGAACCUGAGGGUGUUGGUGUCCAUACUCCAGAGACGUUACCCUCGCUGCUGGAACGCUAUUAUUGCCGUCCGACAGAAGAGUUCUGGACCAAAACCCCAAGCUAGAGGAUGUACGCGAUAG